AUGAGUUCAGCAUCUGGCUUGGAACAGCUGGAAAAUCAGUUGGAAGGCUUGAUUGAAAACGUCCGACAGAUCGGAAUAGUUGUCAGUGAUUUCCAGCCUCAAGGCCAGAAUUCGGAGCUUCUGUCGCAAUUAUCGAACGUUUUUCCGACCGAGAUGGCUCAUUACCGUUUGAACAGAGGUGAAGAACCAUCGGGCUUGGAACAGUUGGAAAAUCAGUUAGAAGGCUUGAUUGAAAAUGUCCGACAGAUCGGAAUAGUUGUCAGUGAUUUCCAGCCUCAAGGCCAGAAUGUCCUUAAUUCAAAAAUUCAUGCUGUUGUCGCUGGGAUGCAGGAGAUUAAUAAAUUGAGGUCGCAUCCAUCAAUUCAGGAUAUCCAAGUUCCACUGGAAGUUUUCGACUACAUCGACGAAGGCCGAAACCCACAGUUAUACACCAAAGAUUGUAUGGAAAAAGCUUUAAGUAAGAACGAGCAAGUGAAAGGCAAGAUCGACGCUUACUCCCGGUUCAAGUCGGAGCUUCUGUCGCAAUUAUCGAAUGUAUUUCCGACCGAGAUGGCUCAGUAUCGUGCGAUUAGAGGCGAAGAACGUGCGUCCUUGUGA